UUUAAAAAUCUAGCCACUCGUAAUAUUGUACUCGUAGUCACGCCACACUUAAAAGGCAAUGUUGGUGAUUCCAUGUUUCUUUAACAACUUUUACUAUUUUGACAGCAAAUAUUUACAACAAAUUUGUUAAACUGCGGUCGUGCAACAUCGCAAUCGCAGUUGAGUUGACUCAUUUUUGGGUGUUUCUUUGAUUGAACAAAAAUUACAAGCGUUUUAAAUUCACUAAAUUUGCUUUGAAAUAUACAAAUAGUUAAUUCUAGGAAAAUAUAUAACCUACAUACAGAAUCAUGUCUUCCCGCAAAACCGUAAGCCGCCGUGGUACCACAAAGAAACGUGCCCAAAGAGCCACAUCCAAUGUAUUCGCAAUGUUUGAUCAGGCUCAGAUUGCUGAGUUCAAAGAAGCCUUCAAUAUGAUCGACCAGAACCAUGAUGGUUUUGUAGAUAAAGAAGAUCUGCAUGAUAUGCUUGCUUCCUUAGGUAAAAACCCAACUGAUGACUAUCUAGAUGGCAUGAUGAAUGAAGCUCCUGGUCCCAUAAACUUCACCAUGUUCUUAACUCUCUUUGGAGAACGUCUACAAGGCACAGACCCAGAAGACGUAAUUAAAAACGCUUUUGGCUGCUUUGACGAAGACAACAAUGGUGUCCUCAACGAAGAACGUCUCAGGGAGCUCCUCACGUCCAUGGGUGAUAGAUUCACUGACGAUGAAGUUGACGAGAUGUACAGGGAGGCUCCUAUUAAGAAUGGCUUGUUUGAUUAUGUUGAAUUCACCCGCAUUUUAAAGCACGGGGCUAAGGACAAGGAUGAGCAAUAAGAGACGAAUUGAUGAUGAAAGGAUUUGUAAUUAAUAUGGAAAGAUGUCUUAGUUUGAAUGAUUUGGAUUUUCAUUCCAUUUUUGUGAUUAGAAAUAUAUGAAAUUCAUCAUACUAGACCAUCAAGUCUUGUCCGUUGCAGUAUCUUCUGCACAUAGACAUGUCAUCCUUGAACAAAACUGCAAAAAUGGAUUUGAAAAAUGGUAGGUUUUGAAUGAAUUAACAGUCUAAUUAUAUAGACAUCUUGUUAUUGUACUUAACAUCUCUUGCUUGUUAUUUUAAAGUAUUCCUUGAAUGUUUUGAAUAGAAAACGACAUUUUGUAUAUUAAAACUACAAAUCCAAUUGCAUGUUAUCAUUAUAAGAUCGAUAUUUUUCCUUCAAAGUAUUUUUAGCAUUGUUAGUCAGCUUAUUUUGGGUUUUUACAACUUUUGGCAACGUUUUAUUUAUUCAUAAGAUUUAUUGUAAUUAUAAAUUUUAUACCUUUAUAUAUCAUGUAAUUAUUCAUUAAAAUAUUGAACCAUU